UUCUCUGGCUCGUCAUGUAAAAAUUUACUUCCUUUAAAACAAAAGAUCAAGUGAUCAGACGGUAGCGAGGUUUUACUAUGAUAUGGUUCUCAAGAAUGAAAAGGAAUUCCCGCGGUAGUAUUGUUAAAUUGUGGUGAAAUCGAAGACGUAGAGGUAAAGAAAAUUGUCGCUACGCGCGAACCUUGAUCGAGUGGUGAUUCUUCACAUAACCGUGAAAUGAUCUAUGUUACUGCAUUGUGGCAUAACUUCAAAAGGAAUUCAAAUAAGAUAGACAAACUUCUGUGAUAAACCAGCAUGGAAUUCGAUCACGUUUUGCGGAUAAUUGGAGAAUUUGGUCCACAUCAAAGAAGGUUGUAUGCGUUGCUUAAUUUAUCGCUUAUUCCCGCCGCAUUUCAACUGCUAUUACAAGUGUUUGUUGGAGCCGAACCAAAAUGGAUUUGUUUGAAUUCUUUGUCGAAUGAAACAUGCCCCAGGAAUAAAUCACACUGUUCGGAAGUCCAGUACACUUCAGAAUUUACUUCAAUCGUCACAGAGUGGAACCUGAUAUGUGAAAAUUCAUACAAAGUGGAUUUAGUUCAAUCUGUUCUCAUGGCUGGGACUUUAGUAGGUGCUGUUAUCCUUGGAGCCUUGGCCGAUAAAUGUGGAAGAAGGAAAAUUUGGUACAUUUCAUUCACCGGGCUUGUUUUAUUUGGCUUUGCAAGUUCAUUUGCUCCAACGUACAGAAUAUAUGCUUUAUUGCGAUUUUUGACUGGAUUUUGCAUUGGUGGUGAAAUAUUAUCUGCCUUUGUGUUGGCAACAGAACUGAUUGGUCCGUCUUACAGAGGGUUUGCUGGCACUAUGGCACAAUGUUUCUUUACUUGUGGGCUUUUAAUUCUCCCAAUUGUUGCAUAUUUAAUUCGUGACUGGAGGACAUUGUCUGUUCUGCUGUCUUUGCCAUUUUGUGUUUUUAUAUUAUUUUUUAGAAUUGUUCCUGAAUCAGCUCGCUGGCUUAUAAUCCGUGGUCGCCUGGCAGAAGCUGAGGAUAUCUUAUCCAGUAUAGCAAGAAAAAAUGGUAUAGCUGUCCCGAAGAUUCUGUUACAAGUUAGUCGUCCACUGUCUGUUGUUGGAAACAGAUAUGGUUGCUUAGACCUUCUUUCCAAUAUGAAGAUUGCUAAAAUCACAAUAGUUUUGUUCUACUUAUGGUUUGUGAAUACACUGGUUUAUUACGGCUUAUCACUAAACACAAAGCAUUUGGGUGGUGACAUUUACAAAAACUUUUUUUUAUCAAGCCUCAUGGAAGUUCCUGCAUACUUGACAAGUGUUUGUCUUAUCAACUGGGUGGGGCGUCGCCGGAGUCUGUGUUACUACAUGAUGAUUGGAGGAGCUGCAUGCUUGACCUGCUUAUUUUUUCAAACAGGCACUCAACCUGUCUAUAGGGUGUUAACAACAAUCUUUGCUAUGAUUGGAAAGUUUGGAAUCUCAGCAUCAUUUGCUGUUAUUUACAUUUAUUCAGCGGAACUUCUUCCAACAGUAGUCAGGAAUGUUGGAAUGGGGGUGUGUUCCAUGGCAUCUAGAAUAGGGGGCAUUUGCUCUCCGUUUGUGGUAUUUUUGGGUAUUUACACUCGCCCUCUUCCCAUGAUGAUCUUUGGAAUGUGCUCCUUUGCAGCUGGGCUUCUAAGCCUUGUGUUGCCAGAGACUUUGAAUAAACCACUUCCUGAGAGCUUGGAGGAGACUGGGUUUGAAGGUGUGGAUGGAUUGUUGUAUGAACAGCUGGAAAUGGAACAAUUUACACACGAAAUGGAAUUUAACAAUGACGCAUUUCAAGCUAAUGAUUCAGACUUUGAUGAUGAUAUUAUUAGUGAAAAGACAACAUUUAUCUAGAAUGAUGCAGAGGAAAUAUUCCUGUUUCUGUUGAGGUGUAGAUCAAAUCUGUAGAUCAAAUCUUUCUUAUUUAAAGAGUAGGAUAUAAUAUGGAAUUAGAGAUGGACCUUUUUAGGCCUUAACAGACAUGAUUAACCCUUUAACUCCCAAGAUCUGAUUGUUAAUUCUCCCCUCUAGCUGCUACACAUUUCCUUGUAAAUUGGUUAUGAGAAUUUGGUGCUUGAUCAAGGUAAUAUCUUUUACCCGAUGAGUUUGAGUUUUCUCGCUACCUGUUUGCUGGGUAUUGUAUGGAUAUUAUAGGGAGAAGUUACUUGUCAAUCACUUCUGGGAGUUAAGAGUUAAUUAUUACUCACAAAUUAUUUAUAAAGAAGAUAUUUUGCGAGGCUUAGUUGGCAACGUAACUUAUUUAUAAUGACUCCGAGGUGAAUUUUUCUUAGUGUCGAAGCAUCGCAGGUGUUUUGGACUUUAAAACCUUUAUGUGUAGCAUUAGUUCUGAAGAACUAAGACCUCACAAGACAAAGCUAGUUUAUAGUAUUACAAUAACCUUCUGAAGUAAAUUUACCAUUUUUGCCAAUUGAAGGUAACCAAAAUUUGUACAUAAAGAAAAUACAGCGAUAUUAAGGGUUUAAGUUUAGUUUAGAAGUUGUAACAAGUAGGAUUCUAUGCUGGGAUUUUCCAUUCAUUCGGUGUGUGAAACAGCACAGGGAAAGUAUUGGGGAAUAGCGAUCAUAACGAUAAUCAACGGCGAUGGAUCCGUAUUCUGAGCCCAACGUAAAUCGAGCGUGGAACGUGAUAUUCGGGAUCGCCUUGCAGUUCCUAAACAAAAAGUAGUUGUUUGGAUUGUAUAGGUUCUCUCUUUGUUUAAUUUUUGAAAAAUAUCAGACUGCCGAAAACUUUGGCAGGGUGUUACUGACCGCGGAAACUUCGGAACCCAUGUUUCUUUUUGAAAGAAAAGUAAUCAGAUAAAAUUAACACUGAAAAGGACCUUAACACUGACUGAAAGUUGGUUUUCGGGAAUAAAGAAGAAUACCUUAAAAAGAGAAGUAUGUUGUAACUGUCCUUGACGUCCCAACUUUAAUUGUGGCGACAUUCACAGUACUAGUAAAAGGGUAUGUAACAUCAUUAAGAGCAAUCUGCAGUCACCUACCCCGAGUGUUAACAAAUAAACAAUCAUUUGAAAGCUCUAA